AUGGGCGCAUCAGCAUCGAAAGCGCGCGCUAUCAGCAUGGACUUCCAAGUGUGGGAGGCUCUCUUACACACAGCUCAAACGCAAAAGCUCCGUCCCGUCAGUACCAAUUUGACGUUCGACACGAUAUCGUACACCAUGUGGUCCCAGAAACAUUGGCGAUUGAAUUUCGAGAAUGCACCGCCUCCAAAGGAUGCGCAGUUACAGCCCUGCUUUCUCUUGAAGAUCCCAGCGUCACAGCCUCUGGAAUACGCGCAGAUCGUACAGCAACUAGAAGAAGUCCAGGCCAAAGACGAUGUGACCAGCUCAAGCUUUCUCCAACAUGUUGUGGUCGCAUCUCACGGCCGCUCGAGUCUGGAACUGGAAUUCGAGGUCGCAGCCGCGCUGAACGCUCGAGGGCUGCAGAAUCUCACGCUUGCGACCUUGCAGAGUGGCUGUGACAUUGAGACCGGUCCUCACCUGCUGCAUGGUAGUGACCUCUGGAAGGUGGCUAGACUGUACGAUGAUACCAAUGGGGCUUUUAUGACUGCUAUUCGUCCAGGUGAAGAAGACAAGUGA